AUGGUUUCCGACCGCACAUCCCCCGCUCAUCCUCCAUCUGCUAGUUCCCCUCAAUCUAACAACAAGAACUUGAUUAGCAAUGUAUUGUUUGGGGGGGUCGCCGGUGUUAUCGGUCAAACAUGUGUCUUCCCUUUAUAUACCAUCAAAACAAACUUGCAUCUCUACCCAGGUCGCUACCAAUCCAUCCUUCACUGCGCAAGAAAGAUUAUCCAACAUGAAUCCAUCCGCGGUUUGUACAAAGGAUUGCCACCGGCCCUCACAGGCGUCUUCCCGGAAAAAGCAAUCAAACUCUCCGUCAACGACUACCUCACUGCCCUCCUUGUUCGCAAGGACGGCACAAUUUCCAUCCCAAACUCCAUGCUCGCAGGCGCCGGCGCGGGCUUCUGCCAAGUCGUUGCCACAAACCCGAUGGAAAUGAUGAUGAUCAACAUGCAAAGCGCCGCCUCUAGAGGUCGCGCUGUGAAUACACUCCAGAUGAUCCGCCAACUCGGUCUCGCUGGAUUGUACAAGGGUACUCCCGCUACCCUCUUCCGUGAUAUCCCUUUCUCCAUCGUCUUUUUUAGUAUGAAUGCUGCCCUUCGUCAACGUCUCACCGAUUCUGAUGGUAGACUUCCUAUUGCAAAAGUGUUCCUUGCCGGUAUUGCUGCGGGCUCCACCGCCGCCACUCUUUCAACACCUAUGGAUGUCAUUAAGACAAGACUCCAAGCGAGCGCUGGUGAUGCCACUAAUGUCGCCACCUCGAAACCGACCUCCACCCCGGGUCUCGCAGAUGCUAUGCGUCCAAGCCAAGCGAAAGUCCCGACCACCACGGCCACAUCGCGUGAAUUUUCCUCAUCCGCGCGCACCGCAGCCGCAGGUGGCGCGGAUAAAAUGAGGUAUACAGGCAUUGCCCAUUGUGCGAGACACAUCUACGCAACAGAGGGUGCCCGCGGGUUCUUCGCUGGGGUCGGUCCUCGCAUCCUAAUCAUCUCGCCUCUCUUCGGAAUCACCUUGUUUUUCUAUGACAUCCAACGUAGGCUUCGAGAAUCAGGGCGGCUGUGA